AUGCUGCUGCUGAAUCAAACAGAGGUGACUCCAGUCUCAUUUAUUCUCAAUGGAAUCCCAGGCCUGGAAGACAUGCACAUCUGGAUUUCCUUUCCAUUCUGUUCUAUGUAUGUAGUAGCUGUGGUAGGCAAUUGUGGACUCCUCUACCUCAUCUUCUUUGAAGACAGCCUUCACAGGUCCAUGUACUACUUUUUAGCUAUGCUUUCCCUUACAGACCUUGUCAUGUGCAGUGCUUCAAUACCCAAAACUCUCUGUAUCUUCUGGCUCUACCUUAAGGAAAUUAGCUUUACUGAUUGUUUGGUCCAGAUGUUCUUCAUCCAUACCUUCACAGCGAUGGAGUCUGGAGUGCUCAUGCUCAUGGCUCUGGACCGCUAUGUAGCCAUCUGCUACCCUCUGCACUACUCCACCAUUCUCACCAAUCCUGUCAUUGCAAAAGCUGGCCUUGCUACAUUCUUGAGAGCUGUGGUGCUCAUCAUUCCUUUGAUUUUCAUCACAAAGCAUCUGCCCUUUUGCAGAAGCAAUAUAUUAAUACACCAUACCUACUGUGACCAGUUGUCUGUAGCCAAGGUCUCCUGUGGAAAUAUCAAGGUCAACAUUGUCUAUGGUCUGAUGAUUGCUCUCUUGAUUGGGGGCUUUGACAUCUUGUGCAUCACAGUUUCCUACACCAUGAUCUUGAAGGCAGUGAUCAGCUUAUCUUCAGCAGAUGCUAGGCAGAAAGCCUUCAGCACCUGCACUGCCCACAUCUGUGCCAUCAUUUUCUCCUAUAGCCCAGCCUUCUUUUGUUUCUUUUCCCACCGCUUUGGGGGGCACAUCAUCCCUCCAUCUUGCCUCAUCAUUGUUGCGAAUAUUUAUCUGCUUUUGCCUCCCACUAUGAACCCUGUGGUCUAUGGAGUGAAAACCAAGCAGAUACGAGACUGUGUCAUAAGGAUCUUUUCAGGUUCUAAGGACAUCAAAUCCCACAGCAUGUGA